UGGGGUGUCCAACUUUUUCUCUGUUACACUGUGUGUGUGGUUGUGGGCCAGGUUGGACGACAUCCAGUGGGCAAAAAUGUCGCAGUACUCCGGAAAGAUUACUUUUUAUGAGGGGAAGUGCUUCACCGGCAGGAAGCUGGAGGUCAGAGGUGACUGUGAUAACUUCCAGGACCGCGGCUUCAUGAACAGGGUGAACUCAAUCCGUGUGGAGAGCGGAGCCUGGAUCUGCUACGACCACCCCGACUUCAAGGGCCAGCAGUACAUCCUGGAGCACGGCGAAUACCCAGAAUUCCAGAGGUGGAACUCCCACAACGAUCACAUGGGAUCCUGCAAACCCAUCCGCAUGCACGGCGAGCACUACCGCAUCGAGCUGUUCGAGGGCUGUAACUUCUCCGGUCAGUGCGUGGAGAUCUGCGACGACUGUCCCUUCCUGCAGAGCCGCGGCUUCUCCAAGAACUGCAUCAACUCUGUGAAGGUCUACGGAGACGGAGCCUGGGUGAUGUACGAGGAGCCAAACUUCCGUGGCCGCAUGUAUAUCGUGGAGCGUGGAGACUACUGCAGCCAUAACGAGUGGCAGGCCCAGAACCCCAACAUCCAGUCCAUCCGCAGAAUCGUCAACUACUUCUAAACCCCCCUGACCUCCGACCCUCGAUGGGCUCCCCUCACCUGUGACUGUAAUCAUGUACGAUAAAUAAACUCAGACUAAAAUAAGAAAACA